AUGAAGCUCUCUUGUUUUAUUUUUCUCCUAUUUUUCGUCUCAACUUCUCUAGCGGCCGUACCGCCGAACUCUAUUUACGAAAGAUUUCUCCAAUGUUUCAGCAACCAAACAUGCACUACUCCAGAUAAAUUAUGCGACGUUGUUUUGCCUCAAAGCAGUGCCAUUUUCACUCCAACGCUACGAGCCUACAUCCGAAACGCGCGUUUCAACACAUCCACAUCCCCAAAACCACUGAUCGUAAUCGCGGCGCGUUCUGAAUCGCACGUCCAAGCCACCGUCCUUUGCACCAAAUCUCUCAACUUCCAGCUCAAGACACGCAGCGGUGGCCAUGACUAUGACGGCCUUUCCUACGUCUCUAGCAGCCCUUUCUUCGUCCUCGACAUGUCUUAUCUCCGUAACAUAACGGUCGAUAUGGCCGAUGACGGAGGCUCCGCAUGGGUUGGAGCCGGCGCUACUCUUGGUGAGGUUUAUUACAACAUUUGGCAGAACAGCAAAACUCACGGCACUCACGGCUUUCCCGCCGGAGUUUGUCCCACCGUCGGCGCCGGAGGUCACAUUAGCGGCGGAGGUUACGGAAACAUGAUCAGAAAAUACGGUCUUUCCGUGGAUUACGUCACCGAUGCCAAAAUCGUAGACGUUAAGGGACGGGUUCUCGACCGGAAAUCGAUGGGAGAGGAUCUGUUUUGGGCGAUUAAUGGCGGAGGUGGUGCGAGCUUCGGAGUGAUCUUAGCCUUCAAGAUAAAACUUGUACCGGUUCCUCCAACGGUGACUGUUUUCCGAGUGGAGCAAACCCUAGAAGAAAAUGCACUUGACAUGGUCCAUAAAUGGCAAUUCGUUGCUCCCAAGACCAGCCCUGAUCUCUUCAUGAGGCUGAUGAUGCAGCCCGUGACGCGGAACACAACUCAGACGGUACGAGCGUCCGUGGUUGCUCUGUUCUUGGGGAAACAGAGCGAUCUCAUGUCUCUUCUGACCAAAGAAUUUCCCGAGCUUCGUCUGAAAACGGAGAAUUGCACGGAGAUGACGUGGAUACAAUCGGCGAUGUGGUGGGCUAACGUCGAUAACGCCACGGUGGUUAAACCCGAGAUCAUGCUUGAUCGAAACCCGGAUUCAGCGUCUUUCUUGAAAAGAAAAUCAGAUUACGUGGAGACAGAGAUCAGCAAAGAAGGACUAGAUUUCUUGUUCAAGAAGCUAAUGGAGGCUGGGAAACUAGGGCUCGUGUUCAACCCAUACGGAGGGAAAAUGAGCGAAGUGGCAACGACCAAGACUCCAUUCCCGCACAGGAAGAGGCUGUUCAAGGUGCAGCAUUCGAUGAACUGGAAAGAUGCGGGGACAGAAGCAGAGAGCAGUUUCAUGGAGAAGACGAGAAGCUUCUACAGCUACAUGGCUCCAUUCGUAACCAAGAAUCCAAGACACACGUAUCUAAACUACAGGGAUCUUGAUAUCGGAAUCAACAGCCAUGGACCAAACAGUUACAGAGAAGCUGAGGUUUACGGGAGAAAAUACUUCGGAGAGAAUUUUGAUAGGUUGGUCAAAGUGAAAACAGCCGUGGAUCCAGAGAACUUCUUCAGGGACGAACAGAGUAUACCUACCUUGCCCACCAAGCCAUCCUUGAGAUAG